ACAAAAAAAUAUAUAUUUAUAUUCCCCUUCAUCUUUGAUGAUGUCAAGCAAAAAUACUGAAUAAUACACCUAGUUAUAAGAUUAUGGUGUUUGCUACUGUUCUUCACUGGUGAGCGCCUCCCAACAGUCAAAACCCUUUUUCCCUGUCAAAUCCCUCCCCUCUUUAUUUUUUUCUCUCCUAAAAAGAAGAGCGAUGGAUGUAUCUUGACUUUCUUUGAGUGUUUGCUACAAACAAAUCUAAACCGCUUAAAACUAUGUUUUAGGAUUCUUAACAGUCCUGGUUUAUCUUAUUCUCAGACUUUCAGCUUUUCCUGUCUGCCACCAUCACAAAGCCUUAAACCCUUCUGGCCUUGCUCUCUUAACUAUGUCGCAAAUUGCAGGCUGCGCGCGCUUUUUCGGUCUCAUUACCAACUAAAGAGAAGAAAUGAAAAGAUAAAGCAUACCUUCUUUUCCAUUGUAGACAAAGAUACCCUCCUCCAUCAGGCUCUCGUCGAGUGACCCCACAAUGUGAACUAAGGACUCCAUCGCUCUGGUUGUCUUUUGGCCCAAGUUCAAACUUUGUACUUUGAAUGCGGUUUCCACCUAGAUCAAUUACAAGUUAACAACAGACCUAGCUGCACCUCACCAAGGAAGUUGAGGUCCUUUCCUAAGGGAAAAGGGCUUUCUUUACCCUUCUUCUCACAACAAUCCCAAUAAAGAGGGAAAAAGAAAAAGGAACCAUAUUGAAGCACAACUCAAAGUUCUGAGAGACCUCAUUAUCUCAAAUGGGUGCCCUUCAACUUACCGUCAUCUAUUUGAUUCUACUGCUAACAUCCCAGGUCAUUUCCAAGGAGGAACAAUGGAAGUCAGCUACUGCAACAUAUACCAAAGAAACGGACGGAUCAAUCAUCACAGAAGGAGCUUGUGGUUAUGGGGACCUUCACAAGGCCAGCUAUGGGAAGUACAGUGCUGGACUAAGUACCAUGUUAUUCAACAGAGGGAGUACCUGUGGAGCUUGCUUUGAGCUCAGAUGUGUUGACCACAUUUUGUGGUGUCUCCAAGGAAGCCCCUCAGUCAUCCUUACUGCCACAGAUUUCUGUCCACCGAAUUAUGGGCUUUCAGCAGAUUAUGGUGGCUGGUGCAAUUUCCCCAAAGAACACUUUGAGAUGUCUGAGGCAGCAUUUGCUGAAAUUGCAGAGAAAAGAGCAGAUAUUGUGCCAGUUCAGUAUAAGAGGGUGAAGUGUGAAAGAAGGGGUGGGAUAAGAUUUACAAUGAGCGGGAGUGCUCACUUCUGUCAGGUCCUGAUUACCAAUGUGGGAUUGGAUGGUGAAGUAGUAGCAGUGAAAGUUAAAGGCCCGAAAACGGGGUGGAUACCAUUGGCAAGGAACUGGGGACAAAACUGGCAGAGCAAUAUUAAUCUUAUAGGACAGCCACUUUCUUUUGAAGUAACAGCCAGUACUGGCAGGACAGUUGCAUCUUACAGUGUUGCUCCAGCAAAUUGGCAGUUUGGUCAGACGUAUGAAGGAAAACAGUUCAAGUAAGGCGACAAUAUUUGAGAUUUUUA